AGAAAUGUCCGGGAAAGAUCUAGAGAUUGAGAAGAAGGUAUACAUACACAUUUCUGACUUCUUACAUGAAAUUGAUAACCCAGAUCUUAUUGGAGGAGACUCCAAUCUCUGUGUUGAGAAGAGGGAUGACAAUGACCUCAUCCUGUAUACUCAGAAUGAAGAAGUUUAUAAGAAAUAUAAUUAUAAUGGCAAAAUAUUCAGCCACAAAGACCCUGUCACUGAGAUUAUUAGUGAUAUUGUUGAACCCAUAAGAGAAUCAGUGACUAUUGAUAAACAAAAUAUGUGCUUUGUCACUUUUGGAGACAACGCUUUUGGAAAAUCUUCCCUUCUGGGAACUCUUCCAAGUUUUUCAGAUAAUGAGCACAAUGUAUGAUUUUACACCCUAGUGACAUUGUUUUACCAGAUAGAACAGGAGAGAAGUGAAGGAAAAGAUUCUGUGCUUAAGAUUUCUGCCAGUGAGAUAUUCGUUGACCAGAUCAUAGAUCUGGUCAAAGGGGAGUACAAAGAAAGCAAAUCAGAUUGAGCAUUUGUGACGGUAGAGGAUAUUGGAGAAGCUGUCGAUACACUCAAAGCUAUUUAUACCAUUAGAACACAAUAUGUACAGCAAUUGGAGAAUGAGAGUUUUGAGAGCUCAUGAAGCCAAAGCCACCUUGUUGUAGAAAUUAGUAUUGAAGGAGGAGAAGGAAGCGGAGUAGUUUCAUUAAUUGAUUCUAUUGGAUUCGAUUCAAUAGUAUACCCUAAAGGCCUUGUAUCAGGCUCUUCGACUCCAAAAGAGAGUGCUAGUGAGCCUGAGCUAUCUGCUAAUCAGAAUGAAUACUUUAUGUACAGUUUGAAAAAUCUGAUCUUAGAACUCAGAGGUGAUGGAAAUGAAAUGACUAUCAAUAUGAUUGGACUCAUAAAUUCAUCCAUAGAUUCAUUUCAAGAAACUCUAAAUACUCUAGAAUUUUGAGAUAACUUUAUUUACUCUAACUUUGAUCUGGACGAAAGUUCGAUGCUUGUUGAUGAGAAUUGAGAGACAGUCUUAGUACCUCACAUUUCUUUAAACGGACCCAUGAAUCAAUAUUUACAUAAACAGCAUUUGAGCCCUUCUGAUUCAAUCAAGUUCGACCAAAUGGAGAAUUCAAACGGUCCUUCACAGAGAAAUAUUUGCAAAGAGGUGCAAAUAUCUUAUCUUGAUAACAGGCUGGACCCAAAUGGUAUGCCAGGGGACCUUGAAAUGGCUAAUGCUACUGCAAGCAUUCCUGAUUCAAGUGAACAAUAUUCCAUCAUUAGCGGAGAGUCUAAAAGAAGUAUUAAGCAAGAAAUCGAGUGUGAAGUUGAGAAACUGAUGUCUAAAUUCUGCUCUAAAGAAGAACUCCAAGAUAUUUGUCAAGAAAAUAUUAACCCAAAUAUUAGAGAAUCUGUAGCAAGGAGACACAAACAAGAUAUUGAGGAAUUUGCUGAGAAGCUUAUCGGGACUAUCAAUAGUAAAUUAUCACAAAGAGACCACUCCAAAUCGAGUGAUAUUAGCGAUGUGAGGAGGCAUACUCACAUGUAUGUUCGCAAAGAUCCAGUUAACGCUAGUUCUAUUUUAUUUUCAAACAAGCAUGUUGUGAGAGGGAAUCAUACUUUCGAUAAUAAAAACUUGUCAAAGUUCGUUCUCAAGGAGAACGUUCAGAAUCUCUCCCCAAUCUCAAAAGGUUCUGACCAAGACAUAGUCAAACAGGAAUGGAAUGAGUUGUCCAAGGUAGAAGAGAAGGAGGAUAUUAUGGUUGGUAGGGAAAUAGUCAUUGACAACUCUAACAUUGAGAAACCUUCCAAUUCCAAUCACCUUAGCCACAGUACAGUGAAGAAAGACACUUCCACUAAGGGAGAUGAGAUCAAUAUCAUCAGUAAUCUUAAGGAAGAAUUGAAAUCAGAAUUUGAGAAGAGCAUCAACAGUCAGAUCUACGACUUCAAAUCUCAGGAUGCUUCUUCUGAGGAAGAGAAGAUCGAGGGAAAUCUUGAAUUUUCAGUGCACGAAUACAGUAGAGCCUAUGAAAAAUAAAACCAAAGAGACUAUAAAUGAAACCGCUGAAGACGACAUCAUCGAUGUGGAGAUGAUCAAGGUUGCCACAGGAAACUCAGCUAAGAAACAGAAGAAAAAGAAGUCAAAGAAAUUGAAGAAUGAGGGAAUAAAACUUAUCCAAAAUAGUCUUAUUAAAGGAGAGAAUCUCUUUGGAGACCUCCUCACCUUCUUCCUUGGAGGUGGCUCAGAGACAGAAAGAGUGGAUAGAGGAAGAGAGAAGCAAAGAAAGGGCAAGAGAAGCAACUCGCUCUUUGGCUGCUUUGGCUCUAGAUCUCGAAAGAAGUUGAUCAAAGAAGACCCUCCUGAAUCAUUAAUGAUCAAGAAAGUUAAUUCCUCUACCAACGACGCUCAAGCUUCUUUAGUUACCAAAGAUAAGAAGAAGAGUAAAAAGGAGAAGAAGGCCAAGAAAGAGAAAAAGCAUAAAUCGAAAAAUCAGAGGAAGAAGAUUGAGGAAGAAAAGGAAAACACCAUUGAAGUGAUGCAUAAGACCGAUCGAAUUCCCGUUGUUAAAAAUUUUGAGAAAUCACAAGGAUCUCAGGUUAUAAACCUCAAUUCUACAUUUAAGAAGCCAGAUUUGUUCCCUCAUAGUAGAAAUGAGGCUGCCACACUAGAUACUAAGUUUAAGACAGAAGAGUGAGAGGAGUCUCCAAAGGAUUCGCACAGAAGAAAGUUUACAAGCCAAGGAAUGAUAGACACAAUGGAGCUGACUAGAAAACCUCCAAAGAAGGGGACUACAAAUAGCCAGGUACAAUUUUCAUCUCUGACAAAGGUGAAAUCAGGUGGCAAUUUUAAAUUUUCACCAAAAGGUAGUCUUCACUCUGAAACAAAGAUGCAGACAAGAGCUUCUCAAAAGACGACUUCCUUUAACAGCAAGCUUAAUCGAGAUGUCAUCAAGGACUACCUCAAAGGCAAGGUAGAUCAUAGUAGUUCUCAAGACCAAAGUGCUAAUCACAGUAAAUUUAGUGUGAACACGAAAGGACAAGAUCAAAAAUUAAAGCUUGACCUGAGCAAAAUUUCAAAUAAUUAGAGUAAAUAACUCAUAAUUCCA